UUCACCGGCACCAGGUUUUGUUUACAUUGUCUCAAAACAUUUGGACCCCAGACACGUUGCUGUAGUAACAACCAACAUUAAACCCCACUUUUUACUUCUCUGUGAAUAUCAAGAUCUAAUGCAAAAUGUCUUCACUACGGAAUGCUAUGAAAAGUCAACGGGUGCACAGGGAAAGACACCAACCUGAGGCGCGAAAGCACUUAGGGCCCCUGGAGAAAAAGAAGGAUUACAAAAUACGUGCAGAUGAUCAAAAUAAGAAAAAAAGGGCUUUGAAAACUCUGAGACGCCAUGCAUUAAAUAAAAAUCCAGAUGAAUACCAUCAUCAUAUGGUCAACAGUCAAUUGAAGGAUGGAGAGCAUCAUGAAACUGUAGAAAAUGAAGAGCUAUCUGUUGGUGACGUUAUGCAAGAUUUGACAUACAUAACGCAUCGCCGUUCUGUAGAGAGAAAAAAGAUAGAGAAGUUGAAAGCACAGCUACACCUUUUAGGAGCAGAAGAGCAACCUAAAAAUACCCAUAUCCUCUUUGUUGACAAUGAGAAGCAAGCCAAAAAAACUAGCGCAGCCAAACUUCUUGACACCCAUCCAGCACUUCUUGGAAGGAGUUUUAACAGGAUGCGGUUAUCUCAGCUGGCAAAGAUGUCUCUCGAUAGUGGUACAGAUUCAAGCGAUGUAAAGAAACUUCUUAAGUCAAAGUCACGUGCCUACAAGGAACUAGCCCAGAGAAUUGAAAGGGAAAACAAAUUACGCAUAAUGCAGGAAAAACUAGAAGUCCGAAAGAAGCUCAUGGCGAGCAAAGGCAAAGAUGAAGAAAAGCCAAAACUUAUUCAAGAGGGUACUAGUUCAACAGCUCCAGUUUACAAGUGGCCUCAAGUUCGGAAAAAAUAACUAUGAUUUUGCUCCACACCCCAUCUCCCAGAAACUUCGAGGCUAUGAAAGAUAAAGUAAGGGAAAUAAAUUUUUUUAACAAAUA